AUGGAUCAUCAAUUAGUGGCAGCACUUCUACUUCUUUUAUCACGAAGAAUCUACAGCAGAUCGGAAUGCAUGUACGUUGUUGGUACUCUUGUUUGUCCACAAAAACCUAUAUUGGCAGGAAAUGUGCAGAUUGAUUUGAAGGACGAAGACUGUAAGAUUUUUGGUUGUACAUUACUGUGGAAGACCUACGAUCAAAUGGGUCGAACUUGGUCCCAGUCUAAUGGUUCAUUUGUAAUUUCUGGAUGUGGAGCGGAUUUCGGUCCAUUCAAUGUACCGGAUCCGUAUAUUACUAUUGAGCACGAAUGUCCGAGUAUUUUGGGGUCAAUAAUAGAAAGUAGUGGUUCAACGAGGAAGGUGCAAUUUGCAUUAACCAAAGUAUUUAUGCCAAAAAUCUUGAAUAUCGGCAAAGUUUUUUUAGAUGAUUCAGAUUUUUAA